UCGUCUAUACAAUAAUUAAUAUAAAAACGUGUUGAAUGUCUUGCAGUAAAUAAAGGAAGUGUUAAUUUGAUGUACUUAGUGAUUACGCCUUUAUUAUUGAUAUGUAUCACGGAUAACGGAUGAUAAUGUUUUUUUCAUUACAUUUGCGAUUUAAAUAUCAGAAUUGAUUGUUCAUGAAGGGGAUAUGCCGUACUUCCGUCGCAUAGUAAUCUGGGAAAUGCUACGUUAAUUGUGAUUUAUGAAUAUUUUUCUAUAAAUUUUACUUGAUUACUUAGUGAAAAUGACGGAACCAAAUACAGAUAAAACAGAGAUUUUGAACGAAAUAGUGAACAGGAAGAAUUUGGGUGAAAAAAAAUAUCACUCGGAAACAUCGUUGCAGAAAUUUGGAGAAGAGAAUGAGGAACAAAGCCCAGAAAUUACAAAGGAUCCUGGAGUGCUUAAUAAAUCGGUAAAGGCACUGUCUUCAGCUGAGGAUGUGCUGGAGCGGCGGCGGACUAUGUCCCAGCCGGGGCCAGCUUCCGGCAGCUUGGUGACCGCCACAGCAGGCCGCACGCGGCGGCGACCACCCCGCAACGUCAUGUACGCCGCCGAUCUGGAAAGGACAGAUUCCACAGAGAGACUACCGAAGUUCUUCGUUAGUAAUAGAGACGACUAUGCCUUUCCUCCUAUGCCAUUAGCAUACGAAAACACACCAAGCCCACUUUCGUACAAUGGAAAUGGAAGUAUGUAUGGAAAUUUUAGAAAUGGAGACAUCAAAUCUCUUAGUAGCUAUCGCAUGAAUACACCAAUCGAGAUGCGUGGCGGAACAACCCCGCGCAAGAGGUCAGUGGUGACAAUGGACGCUCAGUCCAUUCGCUCCGUAGAGACUCAAGCGCCGCCGCCUACGAGCCCGGAGGAAAACACCCGCCUUACUGUAAAAUACCUCACGUUGAUGCUAAGCUGUAUGUAUGCAGUAUUAUUAGUGACACUUGCUUUUAUAGUUUAUCUCACUGAUCCAUUUCUCCGAGAUAUAUCAACAUCACCGAUUUACUCCCUCGUUCUUCUGGGAAUCGGAUUUUUCUAUCAUAUCUACCUAGUGAUCGAUAUCACAAGAUACAAAAAGAUAGCAGUAAAAAACCAAAAGAUCAAAGGAGUUCAUAAUAAAAACAUUCAAGAUUUUUUCAGAAAACAAGAGGAAGAAUUUGGCUACAGUCCCGGUGAUCGAACUCCCGGUAGUGCGGCAUCGCAAGCAUUCCCCUCAGCGGCUCUGCUUCCCAUGAAUCAUGACUAUUGCUUCAGCCAUGGACGGCAUUCGGGCAGCUUCUAUCUCAAGCUAGGGGCUGCUGGUUUUGCUCUAGGUCAUUUAAUCCACUCGGUCCUGCAGAUAACCGUCCAAGUCGGCUAUCUCGUAGACGAUGAUAUUAGCAAUGAUGAGUGCAUAGAUUAUCCGCAAUUUGCUUACGACAUCGCGAGUCCGCUGUACUGCUUCAUACAGCUUUACUUCAUCUUCAAGUACUCUAACGUCCACAUAUUAAAAGCGCAGGGAUUAGCCCACUUUGGGUUCAUGCACAUGAUUGGCAGUAGCCUGAGUUUCUGGGUUUACAACAUAGUCCGGGAGACUGUCCUAGCCCUGACUAUAUAUGCUGGUAUUUUAUAUGGCAACAGAACAGAAGCGGAAGAACCUCCUGUGAACCCUGUAUUUGUCCACCAGCCUACCCUCGAUGUAAGCGUUCUACACAACGAGAACUGUACGGGCUCGCGCGCUAUCACGUCGAUUAUUGAAAACUUUUCACCCUAUCUAUAUCCGUUCGGUGUGGAAUAUAAUAUCCUCAUUGUUGCCGUUUACUACAUGAUCUGGAGCCAUAUUGGAGUAUGUGACAACGAAGAUUCAGAUAGCAGUUCUGGUUCUGGGGAUAAUCAAACUGUUUGCAAAAUUCCAACAGCAAACGAAGAGAAUGACUAUACAAGUAACGUUGUCAUCCACGCGGACUGCCAUGCGUCCAACAAAGGCCUGUUCCUAGGACUCGUUCUUAGUGUGGCGGUCGCCGGGUUGCUCAUACUUGGAUUUGUUUUCAGCAGUGUUGGAGAUGAAUACCUGGAGCUGGGUUACUUCCUCAAUUCCUGCACAAAACUUGGUCUGCACAUACUUAUGCUCUUUGCUGUUGUGAUCGCUUACAACCAGACGAGGAAGCUGGACAUCAACGAACACCCAGUAUCACUCCUUGACGAUAUUCUUCUGUUCAUUUGUUUGCCGGCUUUCUUCAUGGAGACAGUAUUUUCACUGAUUGCAACCAUCAACAUAUUAAAUAUAAUCAAAUCUAUUGACGUCCUUGUUAUGGCCAUCCAAGUCAUCAUUCAAACAACUCUCCUCGUGGACGGCCUUCGACGCUGCAGCAACAGUCGCAAGCUACGGCGGUCGAAACCAGGCAGAGAGGUCCUCAUGUUCCUUCUCAUCGGCAACGUGGCGAUGUGGCUCUUGUACACCUUCUCCUACAAAGCUCCUGACAGCCUCGACGAAAGAUACGAAUUCUAUGGCAAAGUGUUAUGGACUAUUCUCGGCCACGUCUGUUUGCCACUUAUCAUGUUCUACAGAUUCCACUCCAGCGUGUGUUUUGCGGAUAUCUGGGGCGGCGCUUAUAAACCUGGUUCUGAUCAUUAGUAACAUAAUAUUAUGCUUGUGUAAGUAGUUGUUGUUAAUUAGUUAGUA